UCUCAACAUUUAGCUGCGGAAUACAGAGCUCAGUCGACAUUCUGCCAUGCCGAGGUCAUUCCUCGUCAAGAGUAAAAAGACUCAUCCGCUGGGCCCAGCUAGGGAUUCCUUUAGGCAGCAGUCCCUGUCCCAGAGAGAUGCUGAGGAGCCUGUGACAGGGAAGGACAGAAGGCACCCCGAAGAUGCUGUGCAGCCUUCGUCCCCCAUCUUGGGGGUCAGAGAUCUUGUGGCCGAAGCCUGCACGCCAUGGAGUCGGAUGGCAGUCCGCUCUCACAGUGACCCCUCGCAGGACCGUUGGUCUUCAGCCCCCUUGGAGAAAAGAAGCGCUCCUCUGCUGGUCUCGCCGUGGUCGACCGACAGACACCAAGCAUCCGAGAGAGAGCGAGAGCUGGAGAGACUAGUCUUCAUGUUAGUCAACCACACAUCGCACACCGACCUCAAAUCCCCCGUCAGUGAUUGUCCGCUCUGUGAGAAGUCUCUUUCAGAAGUCUUAAUAUCAGGAUGUGGUCUACAGGUGUGCAACAUUUUCUCUACACCACUGACAACAUCCCCCACAGUCACCGGCAUGUCCCACAUGCCCUUUGGCUUCAGAGCAAUCAGCGGCUAUGGCAGAGCUAAGGAGCGUAGCUUUGGCUGCAAGGUGUGCGGAAAGGUGUUCAAGCGUUCGUCCACCUUGUCGACACACCUCCUCAUCCACUCAGACACGCGACCUUACCCCUGCCAGUACUGUGGCAAACGGUUCCACCAGAAGUCAGACAUGAAGAAACACACCUUCAUACACACAGGUGAGAAACCGCAUGUGUGUAAGGUGUGCGGUAAAGGAUUCAGCCAGAGCUCCAACCUCAUCACCCACAGCCGAAAGCACAGCAGCUAUCGGCCGUUCAGCUGCCCUCGAUGCCAGCUCAGCUUCCAGCGCAGGGUUGAUCUACAGCGCCACCAAGAGACGCAGUGUGGUUAUGGGGACAUGUACACUCAAACCUGAGCCCACCAAGCAAAGAAGAGGGUAAAAGUGGGCAGGAUCUGUCAUAAAUGUAAAACUCUGAAAAAUAUGCUUUAAGUAGUAGCGUGCUUAGAAGUGAAUAAAGCUGGACUGGUUUGCUUGGAGAACUCUGCAGGGGCACCCUUGAUUAAAAUACUCACAAAAGUCAUUCACAGACAGUGACGUUAUUUUCUCAAUAUUUUUUGCAAAGCAAAAGUUUUCUGAAGGUAACAAGAUGUUAUUCUUAGAGAUUAUGUUCCACAGAAGCUUAUGUGAUUGCAAUACGGUGAUUGUCCCAUUACUGACUGAAGAGGAUCCUUAAUAACCUGCAGCUGGGUCAUGAC